AUGGAUGCUGACAUUGAAGAGUGGGUACGGGGGUGUACGCCAUGCCAGCAGGCGAGACCCGAACCGCCAACCGCCUUCCCACAGAAAUGGGAAUCGGCGGGAAAGCCUUGGUCGAGGCUGCACAUAGAUUUGGCGGGCCCAGUACAGGGUCAAAUGUUUUUGAUUGUGGUGGACUCUUUUUCGAAAUGGUUGGAAGUGGCGCCAAUGUCUACCACCACUUCCACUGCUGUUAUAAAUGUGUUGCGCCGCUUAAUUGCCACGCAUGGGUUGCCUGAUGUCCUGGUAAGCGAUAACGGCGCUCAGUUCGUGUCGCAAGAGUUUGCUCAAUUCCUGGCUAACAAUGGCAUCAGGCAAAUUACGUCUGCCCCGUUCCACCCAGCAUCGAACGGGCAGGCAGAGCGAAUGGUCCGCACGACCAAGGAUGCGCUUGCCAAGCUAACAUCCGGGGAUUGGGGAGUGAAACUAGCGUCAUUCCUUCUACGGCAACACGUAACGCCGUGCUCUGCCACAGGCCGCAGCCCGGCCGAACUAUUGAUGGGGCGA